GAGYAGGAUUAGACCACUUCUAUCCACACCCCGUCAGAGGAAGAAGCAGAUCCGUCCUUUGCCUUACAGAAGUACAGCGUAAAGAUGGCCGACAUACCCAAAGACAAAAUGGACGAGAUUAAUGAUGCUUUCUCGCUAUUCGACCAAGAGGGAGACGGCAAGCUAGACUAUAAAGACAUCCCCAAGAUGUUAAGAUCAAUGGGGCUCAACCCUGUAGGAACCGAUAUCGAAAAAGUGCUGGAGGACUACAAGUCCAAAGAAAGAAUCGACGUCGAAACAUUCCUACCUGUUUAUUCCGACUUCUGCAAAAUCAAACCACCGGUAAAAGAGGAUUUCAUCGAGGGAUUCAAGGUGUUUGACCGCGACGGUCAUGGCACUAUCGACUCAGGGAAUUUUCGCGCUAUGCUCUGUAACAGAGGUGACAGCAGGCUGACCGAAGAAGAGGCAGAUACCAUCUUGGAGGGGCACGAAGAUGUUGCUAAAGGAUCGGUAAACUACAACCAACUUAUCGACUUUGUCAUGGCAGAAUAAUUGCAUUUUGUAAAAGAGACUCAUUUGUUGACAUUGUAUAACACGAACACAGCAAAUUCACUCUUAAAUCUGGAACAUCUUUUCUCGAUUCUUCGACAUGUUUUUUUUCUGCUUGUGGGAGGACAUCAAAGGCAAAGUACGAUUUCAACCUCGAACUGAUAGAGUUUAUAUAUGUUAUAUUAUAUAUGUAUUGAUUCUAUCCGUUUUGAUUAAUAACUAAAUACAAUGUGAUUUACUCUCCGAAAAGAUUGUAUUUUCUUGACAAGGCAGGGCCUAUGGGAGAGGCAAUCUAAGAAUUAUUGUGACCUUUCGGACCUCGUUCAGGCGGCAAGCGUACAUUUAAAAGUCGUUUUAAGUAUGUUUCUAAUUUAGCUUUAACGAGAGCUGUACAAUUUUCGAAAAUAAAUCUUUUCAUUGAA